CUGCUGCUUUCUCCAUUGCAACCUCUCUCAGCAUCCCUUUCCCCUCAGCCAGGCUCUGAUACUGGCUGCAAAAUAGAUGCCCGGGAAAAAAGACUGCAGGGCAGGUAUGCCACCUCCACAUCUGUGCCCUUUGGUUCUCUAAACUGAACCACCACCGCUACACAAGACACUUUCUGGAUUUAAAACUUGCAAUUCCAUGCAGUGUGUACCUGUCUGUCUAGAUUCUAGAACAAUGGUGUCCCUUUGGGGGACAAGAAAGGCCAUUCUCCGUAAUUGACCACCAGUCCACAGGUAGUAUCUAGCUUGCUACAAUUACCUGACUCUAGUCUGUGGUAAAAUAAAGUCAAACAGUGUUGUAGAAGCAUCUGUUUUCUGUGUGGUUUCCUCCCCCCCCCUUUUUCUGUCACACCAACCAUUUUUCCACUUGCGUCAAAAGGAAAUUGAGCAGCUUGUGGGUUCUCGAGAUUCAGCUCUUCUCAAGAACAUGCAGUCAAACAACAAGAGCAGCACAAACUCACCGGCUGUUGGCUUACGCUGUGCUUCAGGGAAGAAGGGCCAAGAGGAUUCUGCGGCUUGGAUUUUACUUGGGUACUUGUGUACAGAACAAGAGGGCAGCCUGUUGCUUGGAAGACGCUGCAGCAAGAAAUCCAAACUACUGAAGAGCACUGAAUGCAGAGAAUCUGGUCAGGUCUCUCUCAAUACUGUGCUUUUAGACCACUAUUGCUUAAAUCUACCAGCUGACGGCAGACUGUGAUGGGAAGUUUGCCCAGCAGGAGGAAGCAGAUUGCUACUCAGCCAAGCCCACAGUCCAACGUGCAGAACAGCCAGGCCCUUGGCCUCAGCCGUGGUGUCAGGCCACAAGGUGAGAGUACCCCUAUAGCUGUUGCUGUGUGUAAUUUCCCUUCUGGACAUGCAGAGCCAAUACUGUGGAUGGGAGAGCAGCUGAAUUUGCUAUCUGAAGAUGGUGAAUGGUGGAAAGUGGAGUCAGUAACCACGGGCAAAGGCUGCUAUGUUCCCAGUAACCAUGUUGCCAAAAUCUCUCACGGGUGGCUCUAUGAGGGCAUCAGCCGAUCAAAGGCUGAGGAGCUGUUGCUGCUGCCUUCCAACAGCGAAGGUUAUUUUCUGGUCAGAGAGAGCCAAAUGAAGAAAGGUAUUGAGUCUCUUCAGAAAUCUUCUGACUCACUGGAUUCUAGGGAACAAAGUUGCUACUCUUUGUCUAUCAGACACACAAAUCGUGCUUCCUGGGAUUGCGUGAAACACUAUCGCAUUAACUGCAUGGAAAACGGCUGGCUUUACAUCUCCCCUCGCCUCACCUUCUCGAGCUUGCAGGAGCUGGUGGAGUACUAUUCUGAAGUUGGAGAUGGCUUAUGUUGCUGCUUGAAGGAACCGUGCUUCAUCCAAGGCUCUACAUUGUGGAAGAAGUCUAAUCUUUCCCAACCAAUGGUAGUAAAGAAGCCAGCUCUCAACUGGGAGGAGAUCAGCAGCUCAGACUUGUUGGCAGAAAAUCCGCUAGCAGAAGACUCGCCAAUUAGCUUGGGCCUGAGGGAAGCUGUCACUUCCUACCUGUUAAUGACUGAAGAGCUGCCGUCAGAGGACACAAUCAGUGAAAAGUGAGAAAGAUGCAUAUACAAUUAAGGCUACUGUUGGGAAGCAUUUCUGGAAUGUGGAAGACAGGACUUCAGUACUGACCUCUUUCUACAGUUUUUAAUGCUCGCUCACAUUAAUUUAUCUACUUAAUAAUUAUAUUCUGCUGGUCUUCCAUCAUGCAACUACUGACCAAACCCAGACCUGCUCAGCUUCAGCAAGAUGGCAGCCUCAUGUAGUUACACAUGGCCUUGAUGGGCUUCAUUUACGAGGACUAUAUAUAUGUAUUUAUAAUAAUAUUUUUAAAUAAUAAAGCUUGGCUGUGUAUUUAUGACUACUCCUAUAAA